AAUAACUAAAAACAUUUGAUUUUAAACUACUAAAAUUUCGAAUGGACCUAAGACGUAUACUGAGUUGCCUAUACAGUCAAGCUUGUGUUCUGUGCCAAGGUCAUUGAAAAAUGAAGUUCAUUAAAGAUAAAUAAAUAGGUACUUCGAUGUUUACUACAAAAUUAUUAAGUAUUAAUAGUAAGCAUAUUUUAAAUCAAAAUCUAAGUAGCGUAAUCAAGAUGGAUAUUGGAGGAAUGCGACAUGAUUAUAAUGCAAAGAAUAACUUAUUUCUAGAAGAAAAUAUAGAUGUAAAAGAUCCUAUUGUUUUAUUUGAAAAAUGGUUUACAUUAGUUAAAAAUGAUCCUAAAACUGUUGAGCCCAAUGCAAUGUGUUUAGCUACUUCUGAUAGAGAGGGUCAGCCUUCUGCCCGAUUUGUGUUAUUAAAGGGAUUUGGACAAGAUGGAUUUAAGUUUUUUACUCAUUACACAAGUCGAAAAGGAUCAGAAAUAGCUCAUAAUCCUAAAGUAGCACUAACAUUUUAUUGGGAACAUUUUAGCAGAUCUGUAAGGAUUGAAGGAUUAGCUGAGAAGCUACCAUUUUCCUUGGCUGAUGACUAUUUUUCGAAAAGACCAUAUCAAAGCCAAAUUGGAGCUGCUGUUAGUGACCAAAGCAAUCCAAUUGAGAGUAGAGAAUACCUUUCCAAAGCAGAAAAAGAAUUGAGAAGUAAAUAUAAGGAGGGUGAAGUGCCAAGACCACCACAAUGGGGUGGCUACAUUGUUAAACCCCAUGUGAUUGAGUUUUGGCAGGGCCAAACAGACAGAAUACAUGAUAGGAUAAGAUUUAAACUAUCUGAUACAUCAGGGGAAUCAAAAUUUAUUCAUCAAGGAGUAAAUGGUUGGGUUUAUGAAAGAUUAGCACCAUAAAUAGUUUAAAUAAAAAUUAUUUUAAUGUUAUUUUGAG